CAGAGGGUUGGGCUGGUUAAGUUCGUCUCUCAGCACACACCACUGCUGGCUUCUUAGCUUCGUCCGUUCGUCUCCCACUCUGCAGGCUGUGAAGAAUCACGACCUUUUUAAUCUGUUUCAGUCUCUCCCUCAGUGUGACGUGCUUCCCUGUCGAGAGCCGGAAUCAUGGCGACCACGGUGAGCGAGUCGUCUCCCUUACUGCCGCAGCAUGCGUCUCCCAGCGAGUCGCCAUCCCGUCCCGCUUUACGCACUCAACGUACUGUCACAUUCAACCCCUUGGCGUCUGUUAGCACUCAGUCCGGAGCCACAUCGUCCGCGGCUCUCAGACCUAUCCAAAGUCCGUCGGCGGCCCUGACCGGUUCCACCCAGGCAGUUCGAGAUCAACCGCCCAUGCUGAGUGCAUUCAACUCGAAACUGCGCCGAAGAAAUAGCCACGGAUCGCCGCUACCGACCACGCAGCCCUUCACUCCAGUUCCAAGAGCAGGUGCCCAGAGGACGACCAAGACCACGGAGAAACUAAAGAUAUUACCCAACCCGGAUAUAGGUGACGAAGAACGAGAUGAGGAAAGUGGCAGAGAUGUAUACUCCCAGUUUACCCGGAUAAAGGACCCUACAGCCAGGAGGGAUGCCGCGAGGCUGGGGAAGGCGGAUCGGGAUCGAUUGCCUCGAGUGACCGCAUACUGCAUGGCACAGGGAUACCGACUUGAAGGGAUUAUGAAAUUCAUGAAGUCGAGGUCAAGGACGAGAGGUGCCAACCCCAAGCUAUUCGACGAGUGUCUCUAUAGCCCCUACGACUACGAAUAUGUGAAGAAGAACAAAGGAGGGGACAGAAGUUCAAGUCCGGUCGAGGAAAGGAUCGCAAGAGUGAUGGCGUCGCCGAGAAUAAGCCCCAGAGAAAGACGGUUCUCGGAUAGCGCCGUGGAGGUGGAAGACAACAACAAAAUUAGGAGAGAUCAACUCAUCGACCUGCAAGAGGAACUGGAUAUGCCCGCAGACCAUGCUGCAACGACAGAGGAUACAACAACAGACCUGACUGCCAUCGCCAGCCAUUCUUCCACCGACCUCCGCCAAUCCGAAAGUGAUGCGAUGCGCCCACGUGCGGACUCGGAAUUCUCCACGACUGUUCACAUACCCGAAAUCUUCAUCUUUGAUUACGGCACCGUUGUCAUAUGGGGCAUGACGGUUCAACAGGAGCAAAGAUUUCUCAAUGAUAUGACCAAGUUCAGUGACGCGCCUUUACCUACUGAAUCCGUCCAAACCGAGAACUUCAACUUCUAUUACACGAAGGAAUACCAAGCGCGGAUAUACAAUGAUUUCAUCUCCCUCCGCGAGCCACGGAACCAUAUGAUCAAACUAGCCAUUUCGCACGCCCUGUCCCAGUCCGUCAAGACGAGUCUGUUUGAGGAUCUUGUCAGCGAGACCAUCGAAACAACGGCACCACUACCGGCACUCAUCGCACAGACCGGCAGCAUCAACUUGACCAGACGUCAAUUAAACAUGCAAAUUGGGGAGCUGUUUAUCUUGCGUAUCAAUAUCCAUCUGCAAGGCUCCGUUCUGGAUUCUCCGGAGUUGAUGUGGUCGGAACCGCAUCUGGAACCCGUGUAUGCGGCUGUCAGGAGUUAUCUGGAAAUUGAGCAGCGCGUUGGGUUGCUGACAGAGCGGCUGGAUGUUAUUGCUGACUUACUUGCGGUGCUGAGAGAACAAGGCAGCAGACGACAUGGGGAAGUGCUGGAAUGGAUUGUUAUCAUUCUCAUUGCUGCGGAGAUCUUGGUUGCAGCUAUCAACAUCGUUGUCGAUCUCUAUGCUGGCAUUGACUGAGACAUCCACUCCAACCACGGGCCCUUUCUCGGCCGCUGAUUCCAUACUCUUAUUUCAAAUCCGCCUUCUGAAAUCGAUAAGAGACCUCUGGGCGCGUUAGGGAUGUCCCGGCCAACAAUGAGGUGGCAACCAGUAGACUUCUGUAGUAUCCCUACGGCCGCGAUAACACAAAUUCACCUUCGAAACCACCUCGAAAUGUAAAAGUCUUAGCUAGCGAAGGCGUUGGAGGAGUUGACAAUCCUCCGUGCACAUGGGGGCUCGGGCUAUACAAUCUCCGCAGCCGCAUAUGUGCUUUGCUCCUCUGUAUAUGUUCUAUAGAUGUGGUUUAAUCUGUACCGGGCAAUACGUGUGGUGAUUCUUGAACCCGUGGAUGGGAAUGGGCAAAUAGGAGACAACUUCAUGGAAAGAAAAAGACCAUGAGGAAGUGCUUACC